AUGUACUUUGCCAAUCUCUUUCUAUCAUAUGUGCUCUUUCAUUUAAAUGUAUUUUUCUUUUUUUCUUCCUUAUGUGCUCUACCAAUCAAUUUCUAUCUAUGCAUUUGUUUGUUUGUUUGUUUCUUUCUUUCUUUCUUUCUUUCUUUCAGUAUUUGCUCUGCUAAUCUUCUUUCUUCCUUUCAUUCUAUUUACAAGUAUGUGUUCUGUCAAUUUAUUCCUUUCUUUCUUUCCAUAUGUGCUCUGUUAAUCUUUCUUUCUUUCUGCAUGUCAAUCUUUCUUUCUUUCUUUCUAUUUGCCGGCAUGUGCUCUGUUAAUCUUUUUCUUUCAAUGUCAAUCAUUCUUUCUUUUUCUCUCUUUCUUUCUACCAGUAUGGACUCUGUCAAUCUUUUUUCUUUCUUUCUUCCUUCCUUCCUUUCUAUCAUCAAGUCCAUGCUCUGUCAAUCUUUUUCUUUCAAUGUCAAUCAUUCUUUCUUUAUACCAGGAUAG